ACCAGUAAUGGCGAGGGGGCGGGAAAUGUGACGUCACCAAGAAACGUUUUCAAACUACCCUUUACAGUGUGCAGAGACCGUGCUUUUUAACGGUAAACUACAAAAUGUCCGAAAACAAAAAUACACAGCACUGGUCUUCAGAGGAAACCAGUGUGCUUCUCGCGAUAUGGUCUUCCACAGAGAUCCAGAAAAAACUAGAGAGCACGACAAGGAAGAAAAUAGUUUACGACGAGAUAAGCCAGGAAAUGCUGAACGGCGGCUUCAGUCGCUCGACUGAACAAAUCAUUAACAAGUUAAAAAAGCUAAGGAAGGAGUACAGGGACCUGAAAAGGCAACCAGGUAAAGGUGACAAUGGACAGAUUCAAAAAACAUUCGACCAUGGCCUUAUGGAGUCUGUGCUUGAACACCGAGCAGACAGUCAACUGACUGCGGCCUUGAAUCCAGCGACAGCCACGCUCGAGAAAAACGCGGACCACACCGUGUUUUCUGUAGACGAGCUAGGUGGCAAAAUAUCCGAGACCAAAACUGCACAGCUGUGGACUUCAGAAGAAACCAGCGCACUGCUUGCGAUAUGGUCUUCCACAGAGAUCCAGGAGAAACUGGGGAGCACAAAAAGAAAGAAAAGAGUGUAUGAUGACAUAUGCCAAGAGAUGGUAAAUGUUGGGUUUACUCGUACAGCCGACCAGAUCAUUAACAAAAUGAAAAAACUGAAGAAGGAGUUUAGGGACAAUAAGGAGAAAAGUGGCAGCCAUUGGAGUGAAAAAAACAUCAACUUUGAUGUUAUGGACGCUGCCUUAGAACACUUACCAUCGAGCCAAUUUACUGAAGCAUUAAAUUCAGCAACAGCCAUGCUUGAGACGAAUACAGAAUCGCUGUCUUCUGCAGCUGAUCUCAACUCUUCACCUGAGGAGGUGCUGGACCAAGCCGAAUCAUCUUUCAGCUCCUCUCAUCCCCAACCAAUAAAGCCUCUGGGAACAACCAGAAUAAAGAAAAGAGAUUCAAACCAGGAGCUGCUGGAAUACUUGAAAACUGCUGAUGAACGGUUUAUGGCACACGCCAAAGAACUUAACACUGCCAUUCUUAAUAAAAUGGAUGAAGCUACGAAUUCUAUGCUGGGACUAUUAGGACGCAUGGUGGCACUAAUGGAGGAACAGCAGGGAAAUAAGCCAUAAGCACAGGAUUCCUUUUGCACGCUUAAUUAUCAUUUGCACACUUUUUACAUUUCAAAAUCGAAGUGAAACUGAAAUUGAAUACUUUAUUAAAAUACAUUCCAGGUUUUAUUUGGGAUUAUUGUUUUGUGCAUUUUAUUACAGAUUUUUUUUUGUUAAUCUGUCUUCAAAAUAUAACUUGUUCUACCUGUGAAAUUACUUUUUAUGCUUUACAACAUCAACUCAUAAACCCCACCCACCUGUCAUAUAGAGACCAUGAAGAGCUAGUGAAGCAAACCCAGAGGUGUUUGGCAGGAGUAAAGGUGAAACCAUUACGACACAAACUCAAACUCCCUUCAUGAUUUGGAUUAAAAAGGCCACAGAUGGAAGAGAUCCCCAUCGACACUGAUGUCAGCGAGAGUUCAUCACGCACCGUAAAGGACCCAACAGAUUUCCCAAACAUACUUGAUGUCAGUCAAGAAGACAAUGAAAAGUUCAAGAGCCUGACUGAACCAUCACCGUCAGAUUUCUUGGAAUAAAGGCUGUGUUAUAUCCCAAUAUUAAAGUUUGCUCCAAAGAACAUGGCAUUAUCAUGCAUUCUAUGGUUUCUACUUUUCCUCAGAGACUACAUUCCCUUUUCUACAUAAAACAGAAAUAACAUACAGUAUGUGGGAUGAUGGUAUUUACAUUGCAGAAUUAAAAUUGGUUACAAAUCCUGUUACCAAAAUGUUUUAACAUUUCUUCAUUGUUUACUCUUGAGUUGUCGCCUCAUACACGUGUCUCAAGUUUGCUUCUGUAUAUGUCUUUGUACUUUACAGAAUAAAACUUUACAUUUGUCAAAUCUA